AUGGAUGUGUUCCUUUCCUAUUCAAAGACAAAUUAUAGCUCCCAUUCUUCACCUUCAAUGCAAAGAGCCUUCUUGGACAGAAUGGUGAUGUCAAACUUACUCUGCUUCUAUGGCAUGUGUGGAGUGGCGAAGGAGUUAUUGCUAAAGCGAUAUUUCAGCAAGGAAGUUCGGGGUAGUGCCCUAGUACCUGAAUCUGAUAUAGUUCAGGAAUGCAGAAGACUGCUGGAUGAAAGGCAGACUGCAAAUGUCUGGCACUUUCUUGAAGCAAUUAAUAGGAGACAAGACCUUAGUGAAAGGUUGAGGAAACUACAAUGCCGCUCUCUAAUAUUUGUUGGGGAGAACUCUCCAUUCCAUUCGGAGGCCGUUCACAUGACUUCAAAAAUAGAUAGAAGAUAUAGUGCCUUGGUUGAGGUUCAGGCAUGUGGGUCAAUGGUAACAGAGGAGCAGCCUCAUGCUAUGUUGAUACCAAUGGAGUAUUUUCUCAUGGGAUAUGGAUUAUACAGGCCGACGCUAAGUGUAAGCCCUAGAAGCCCGUUGAGUCCGUGUUGCAUCUCUCCAGAGCUUCUCUCACCAGAAAGCAUGGGCCUGAAGUUAAAACCAAUAAAAACUCGACUUUCUACAUGAAUCUGAAAGAAGAUGAAAUCGAGCAAGGUUCCGUUUUUGUGAUAAGUUUUUUGAAGGUGUUUGUAGUAUCUUUUGAUUGGUGGGGUUGAUAAAAUAGUAAAUUAAUAGGAGCUUUGUAGAUAGAGAAAAAAGGAGGAAAGAUACUAGGAACAUAUUAAAUAGAAAUCAGAUAUCAUUCUUUUAUAUGUAUCCAUAAAGGCUAGUAGUGAAUGGCCUGAGUCAUCUGUAAAUCCUCAUGAAUAAUUUUCCAGCGACAAGAUAAUAAAAGAUAAUAUAAAGACGUGCACGAUGAGCUUCUUGUGAUUUA